GAACGCUACCGGAAAAAGCAACGCGGUUUUCUCAAGUGAAUGCGAGCUCAGGCACUUUGUUGACAUUGGGACUUCUCCACGACAACGAACACCCGCCCUCUUGGGUGCCCACAGCCAGUCGACAAUCGAGAUCGAUCAACUGCACUGGCUGCUCAAAAAGAAACCCCAAGAUCGAUCGUGAUGGUGUGACGACGCGCGCAACAUAUAAAAAAAUACCAUCGCCUCCCUGCCGACCUUUGGCGCUCGCUCGCUCGCUCGCAUCAGCUUGUCUGUCGCAAUUCUCCCGGCCUGGCCGUCGCCGGCCAAUCCUUCGAGAUGUCUCCCGCGGCAGCGCUCACUAACGGCUCUGUUCGCCAGCCGGACUUGCAUCUGGUGACCGACGAUGACUUUGUCUACGAACAAGACAUCCAGCGGAGUCCAGGCAGCACGAAGCCGUGGCUUGCCUAUAUUAGCUACAAAAUCCAGCAUGGGACGGUCGAGGAGCAGGCAUUUGUGCUUGAAAGGGCUUGCAUGCAACUUCCCCGAUCCUACAAACUCUGGAAGAUGUACCUUACCUUCCGCACAAAGCACAUCGCCAAGCUCAAUGCCGCCAUCUUUGCCGCCGAAUAUCGCAAGGUCAACUCGCUGUUUGAACGCGCUCUCAUCCUGCUGAAUAAGAUGCCACGCAUAUGGGAAAUGUACCUCAAGUUUCUCAUGAAGCAGCCUCUGGUUACACUUACCCGGCGCACUUUCGACCGGGCUUUACGAGCCCUUCCCAUCACGCAACAUAACCGGAUAUGGGCGCUAUACCGACCAUUCGCCAACUCAGCUGCAGGACCGACGGCAGUGAAAAUAUGGCGUCGUUACAUGCAGGUGCAUCCCGAGGACGCUGAGGACUUUAUAGAACUUCUUUAUCAGGUUGGCUAUUACACAGAAGCCGCCAAGAAGUACAUCGACGUGCUCAACAACCCCCGUUUCACCAGCAAGCACGGCAAGGGUCACUUUGAAUUGUGGAGCGAAAUGGUCGAGCUGCUUGUAGAGCAUGCUACCGAGGUCGAGGCGGGCUAUGAGACGGGGAUUGAUGUUGAGCGCAUCAUCCGGAGUGGUAUCGAACGAUUUGCCGACCAAAGAGGCAAGUUGUGGGUCGGUCUCGCGACCUAUUGGAUCAGGAGGGGGAGUUUUGAGCGCGCACGAGACGUGUUUGAAGAAGGCAUUACGACCGUUAUGACCGUCCGCGACUUUACUCUCGUUUUUGACUCGUAUGCUGAAUUUGAAGAGUCUGUCAUUGGAGCGAUGAUGGAAGUGGCCGGCCAGAGGGCCGAGAAAGGCGUUGUGGACGAGGCUGCCGACUUUGAUCUGGACAUUCGCAUGAUGCGCUUCGAACAUUUGAUGGACAGGAGGCCAUUCCUUUUGAACGACGUUCUGUUGCGCCAAAAUCCCAACAAUGUCAACGAGUGGGAGAAGAGGGUUGCCCUCUGGGGCGACAACCACAACGAGGUUGUCAACACAUACACCAAUGCGAUCGCUGCGGUUCAGCCUAAAAAGGCCAGCGGACCGUUUCACCAGCUUUGGGCAAACUACGCCAAAUUCUACGAGCGAGGGGGCGAUCUGCGGAGCGCAAGAAUCAUCAUGGAGAAGGCCGUCAAAGUGCCCUUCAAGUCGGUAGUGGAGCUGGCUGACAUGUGGAUUGAAUGGGCCGAGAUGGAGCUUCGGAACGACAACUUUGAGGAGGCGGUGCGCAUCAUGGCAAAGGCGGUGCAGGCGCCGAAAAGAUCCACGGUUGACUACUUUGACGAGACACUUACACCACAGCAGCGAGUACACAAGAGCUGGAAGCUAUGGAGUUUCUAUGUCGACUUGGUCGAGAGUGUGGGCACUCUUGAGGACACGAAAAAGGUCUACGAGCGCAUCUUUGAGUUGCGUAUCGCUACGCCACAGACCGUGGUCAACUACGCCAACUUGCUGGAGGAACACAAGUACUAUGAGGAGUCGUUCAAGAUAUACGAGCGUGGGCUGGACCUGUUCAGCUACCCAGUCGCGUUUGAGCUUUGGAACAUGUACCUCACCAAGGCAGUGGACCGCAAGAUCAGCAUAGAGAGGUUACGUGAUCUUUUCGAGCAGGCCGUCGAAGGUUGCCCUCCAAAAUUCGCCAAGAUCAUCUACCUGAUGUAUGGCAACCUGGAGGAGGAGCGAGGUCUGGCGAGACAUGCCAUGCGGAUAUACGAAAGGGCGACGAGAGCAGUGUCGGACGAAGACAGGGCCGACAUGUUCAACUUUUACAUCACCAAGUCGGCAUCCAACUUUGGCCUCCCUUCGACACGGCAAAUAUACGAACGGGCCAUCGCCGCCCUGCCCGACGACGAGGCACGCGACAUGUGCCUCAAGUUUGCAGACAUGGAAAAGCGGCUGGGCGAGAUCGACAGGGCGCGCGCCAUCUACGGUCACGCGUCACAGUUUUGCGACCCACGCACCACGCCUGCCUUUUGGACAAAGUGGGAGCAGUUCGAGGUGCAGCACGGCAACGAGGACACGUUCAAGGAGAUGCUGCGGAUCAAGCGUGCGGUCCAGGCCAAGUACAACACAGACGUCAACUUUAUCGCCUCGCAGGCGCUCGCGCGCAGCCAGCAGCAGAAGCAGGCAAACGGACACGGCAGCGGCGCCGAGGACGGCGACGACGGCGUCGUCGACGCCAUGGAGGCCCUCGAGCGCCAGGCCCGCGCGCCGGCCGGCUUCGUGGCCGCGACCGAGGGCAACAUCAAGGGCGACGCGGCUACGACGAAUACUACCGUCGCGGCAAAUCCCGACGCAAUAGACAUUGACGAUAUGGAGGAUUGAUCCUAAAUCUUUCCUUUGUUUUCGUUUUCAGAAGAAUGGCAUACAGAGACGUAAGCAAUACGAAAAGCUUGCGGCCCUAUCAGAACAAAGGGGCGCAACAAGCCCCCCUGACAGGCUUGUGUUUGCAAAAAUCAGGAUCUCCUCACGGAUUUUGAGUGGGGUGGGCAUAUUCGGUUUUUUUGUUUCUUUUUUUUUUCUUUUUUUUUUCUCGGUGUUUGGGCACGUAAAACAUACGGGUGCUGUUUUCUAUUCUCGAGGUUUUCACUAGGUCGAUCAACGAAGUGACGCCAGAUGGAGGAACGGUAUUCUUUUUGUGGUGUUAUUUUUCUUCCCGUUUGUCCACCCAAUUAACCAUGCAUGUAUCUUUUUUUUCUUUUGCUCUCUAGCGUUUACUCGGCACAGGGACAUAGUCGUACCAGCAUACUCAAUAUAACUACCUACCUACGGAGA